UGGGGUCGUUUGUGAACUUGUAUCCUUGAUAUACCCCCACAGGAGUGUCAAACAUCUUAUCUUUGAUAUUAUAUGAAUACAUUGCUGCACCAUGAGUGAGGAAAGCUGGGGGCAUCGCGGCGGUCUGUCCUUCUUGGUCCAGAUCGGGUUUUCUCGAGAACAGGUCCAUGUUGCAUCGGGACCGUUGACAAUUCCAUUAUUACGGGAGAUAGCUGCCUCUGUCAUCGCUAAAAAGUACCCAGAUGCAGGACUGUACAAUGUUGUUGAUAAAAUCAUGUUAUUUCGCCACGAUGUCGGCAGUAGCAAUGUACUACAAAUGGUUACUAUGCCAAGCGAUGUAACGGAAGGAUGUUUGAUUGAGGUGGUGCUUUCAGCUUCAGCCAGUCUAGAAGACUCGCAUAUCAGACCUCAUUCGUUAUUUGUACAUUCCUACAAGUCUCCUACUUUUUGUGAUUUUUGUGGAGAAAUGCUUUUUGGCAUUGUUAGGCAAGGUUUGAAAUGUGAUGGCUGUGGCGGUAACUACCAUAAAAGAUGUGCCUACAAGAUUCCUAAUAAUUGUAGUCUUGCAAGAAGACACAGAUCGUCAUUUACCUCAAGUACAUUGCCAUGGCAAACAGACAGCAGUCAUGUCAUUGAAGAGAAUCACAUCAAGUCUGACGCACUAUCACGUGACAAACGAUCCACCUCGUGGAGCGGCCGACCCAUUUGGGUUGAAAAAGCUGUCGCUGGCAGAAUCAAAGUACCACAUACAUUUGCAAUUCAUUCGUAUACCAAGCCGACUGUUUGUAUGAGUUGUAAGAAGCUUUUACGUGGUUUGUUCCGACAGGGUUACCAAUGUAAAGAUUGCAAGUUUAAUUGUCAUAAAAAAUGUGCCGAUAAAGUUCCUAAAGAUUGCUUAGGAGAAGACCCCUUGAGAGAAACCGAUCCAAUUGCAGAAAAUGUACCAGAGAACAAUGGUGGUUUGGACGAGAGCGAUGAAAAUGAAAACGAAGAAGAAAAUGAUGUACUACCACGGAGCACUAACCUGGAUCCGGAAACACUUCCAGAAGAUGACCAGGAAUUACAAAAAGUUUUAAGUCCCACCACCAGUAAUCAAAUACCCUUGAUGCGUAUCGUUCAGUCUGUGAAACACACAAAAAGACGGGGUUCACAAGUGAUGAAAGAAAGUUGGCUGGUACAUUACACUAACAAAGACAGCAUGCGUAGACGACACUAUUGGAGGCUUGACACAAAAUGUGUGACAUUAUUUCAAAGCGACCAAGGCACAAAAUAUUACAAGGAAAUUCCACUCUCGGAAAUACUAUCGCUGGAAACCGCAUCAGGCGACGUACAAGUACCAGAUUCAAUGGCACCAUAUUGCUUUACGCUAUUCACAGCCAAACUUAUCUAUUACGUUGGAGAGAAAGUUGUACACAAACAAUCUGAGGAGUCUGAGGAGAAUGAGAUGCCUGAAAAAGGUGUUGGUAUGCAUCUUGCUAAAGGAUGGGAGAAAGCGAUUCGCGCUGCUUUGAUGCCUGUCACACCCCAGCCUAGCGAAGCAAGUGCUACAACUCCAGCGCUUCAUGGUUCUGGCAGCGGGCAUGGACAUAAAGUGAUUAUCCGGUUGUCAACAGGUGCCGAAAUGAGGGCUGCUGAAGUGGACAAGGCCCAGCAGGCUGCAGCUGAGAAAUGCGAGUUUAUUAAACAUGAGGACAUCAGCCAGCAUUAUCAGAUAUUUCCAGAUGAGAUAUUAGGUUCUGGACAGUUUGGUAUUGUGUAUGGAGGUGUUCAUCGGAAGUCAGGCAGGCAAGUGGCCAUAAAAGUGAUAGAUAAAUUACGUUUUCCGACUAAACAAGAGACACAGCUAAAAAAUGAAGUAUCCAUUCUUCAAAGCAUCCGCCAUCCGGGAGUGGUGAAUAUGGAGAAGAUGUUUGAUCCUCCCGAGAGAGUAUUUGUUGUGAUGGAGAAACUUCGGGGAGACAUGCUGGAGAUGAUACUAUCAAGUCAGCGAGGUCGGCUCUCGGAGCGAGUGACCAAAUUUCUAAUUCAUCAAAUUCUUAUAGCACUGAAGUAUCUACAUAGUAAAAAUAUUGUUCACUGUGACCUGAAACCAGAGAACGUACUACUAUCAUCAGAUUCUGAUUUCCCGCAAGUUAAAUUGUGUGACUUUGGUUUUGCAAGAAUCAUUGGUGACAAGUCGUUUCGUCGUUCAGUUGUUGGUACCCCAGCAUAUUUAGCACCCGAGGUAUUGCGUAGUAAAGGGUACAAUAGAUCGUUAGACAUGUGGUCUGUAGGCGUCAUCAUUUACGUAAGCUUGAGUGGCACAUUCCCUUUUAAUGAAGAUGAAGAAAUAACCGAUCAGAUCCAGAACGCUGCGUUCAUGUAUCCUCCCAAUCCAUGGAAGGAAGUAUCAUCACAAGCUGUAGACGUGAUAAAUAACCUACUACAGGUAAAAUUAAGGAAAAGGUUUACUGCGGACAAGUCUUUGGCACAUGUAUGGCUGCAGGAUUAUCAAUUGUGGCUCGAUUUAAGAGAGCUUGAAAAGCAGGUUGGUGAGCGGUAUUUGACACACGAAAGUGAUGACGCUAGAUGGGAGGGCUACAGACGUGAUCAGGCAGACGGAAAAAAGAACAACAGUCCCAUGCAAAGAGUCGGCAUGCAAAGAUACAAAGAUAGACUUAGUACUUUGUGAGAAAAUUGUAGUCUUUAAAUAGCAAUAUUUGUUGUACUAAACUCUAUAAGGGAAUGCCGGCGCCGGGACAUGGAUGCCAGUGAUGGUAAUGCAGUGGACUUGCAUUGGUAUAGGAAUAGAGAAUGUCAUUAUGUGGUCAACUCAGGUUAGGUAUUAAUGAUAACGAAAAAAGGGAACAUCCCCCUCCCCUUCUGUACCAAAGGUUAUGCAAUGUUCUAUCACACCAGCUUUCUUGUCUGUUCUUUUUCACCUUCUGAAAACCUGAGAAGAUAUAAAAAGCGACUAUCACUGCCAAACCAGGGAGCCGAAUUUUUUUUAGCCUGUAUUUUUUAUCACAUCUCUUAGUGGUCUGUUUUUAAUACUUAGUUUUUUUUAUUAUGUACAUAACCUGCAUGUACAUCUCUCCAAGUGUGAAGUCAGACAAGGCGAUUCAUCAGCUGAUUUGUAGUUUUAGCUUUUGCAUAACAUUCAUAUCUCCACACAAUGUGAUAGAUAGAAAAUCCAUAUUUCCUCUGUUAUGACACAAGUCUUGGCAGUGCAAAAUACCAUAUCAUUCAUAUGUAACGUCAUUGUACGUGGUGUUUAAUAUGUAAAGUGCUCAAGUUCCAACAACUAUAGUCACAGAAACAUAGCCCAUACUCGGGCUAGUAAUUUAGUUUCAGAAUUUUAGGUUUGAUUUUAAAAUUUCUGUUUGAGCUGCAGUAAAAAUAAUAAACAAAUUAA